CAAAGACAAGCUUCAUUCAUCCCCCCAACUGGACUCGCUACACCACCCAGAAACGUCCCGUGCAAAUCUUCGAGUUAUUUACCAGCUUCAGCUAGCUAAAUUUAACGUUAAGAAGGAAAGGAGAAAUUUCUAUAAAAUUGAGUUUUUCUUUGUUUUCUUGUUUGAUAGAUCUCAUGGCAUCUACGGAUAAUCCAGUAAGAGUAGUGGAGAUUUGCCCAGUCACACCGCCCUCCGACUUUCCUGAGUCUGCCACCGAGUUUUCUCUUCCUCUUACUUUCUUUGACACUUUCUGGUUCAAGUUCCACCCAAUUGAGCGACUCUUCUUCUAUGAACUCACGGAUGUAACCCCUGCUUUUUUCAACUCUGUCAUCCUCCCUAAACUCAAGCAAUCUCUCUCUCUUGCUCUCCUCCACUUCCUCCCUAUCGCUGGAAAACUCACCUGGCCACCACACGCAGCCAAACCCUUCAUCCACUAUGCCCCAAACGACGGAGUUUCAUUCACAAUCGCAGAGUCUGAUGGGGAUUUUCAUCAUCUUUCAGGUAGGAUUCUUGAAGCAGCCGAGUCAUACCCUUACGUACCAGAGUUGCCUGUAUACGACGACACAGCAGAAAUCAUAUCCUUUCAAAUAACAUCGUUUCCUAGUCAAGGCUUUUGCAUUGGCAUCUCUUCCCACCAUGCCAUUCUUGAUGGCAAAAGUGUAACCAUGUUCAUUAGAGCAUGGGCUCACAUUUGCAAACAGUGGGAAAAGGAGACGCACCCAAGUUUGUUGACGGAUCUAACUCCCAUUUUUGAUCGGACAAUUAUUCAGGACCCGGAAGGGCUUGACGAGGUGUACUUGAACAACUGGUUCAACUUCUUCAAGUCGAUAGGUCUUGAUGCCAACCCCAGAAGCCUGAAGCUCUUGCCGUUUUAUGGCUCACCUCCAGACAACCUUAUGCGAGGAACGUUCGAGUUUUCUCGUGAAGAUCUAAACAAACUCAGACAAAAGAUACUCGGUCAAUUGGAAAAGGUUCCUAAAGAAGAACCAGAUCAAAUAAACCCCAUUCAUUUAUCAACUUUUGUGGUCAGUUUUUCAUAUGCAGCGGUUAACAUAGUUAAAGCCAAGGGAUUAGAAAGAAAUAGAAAGGUGAUACUUGGAUUUACAGCAGAUUGUCGAGCUCGUUUGUGCCCUCCUGUUCCUGCAAAUUAUUUUGGCAAUUGUGUUGGCAUCUCUGCUGAUGAUGAUUUAGAAGCAGAAGUUAUCAUGGAAGAAAAUGGGCUUGCCUUUGUCGCACAAAGGCUUAGCAAGUUGAUUAAGAAAUUAGAGAAAGGAGCUCUUGAGGGUGCAAAAGGGAAGCUUGAAUGGGCUUUGUCAAUGCCACCAGGAUCAGUAGCGGUUGGGGUUGCUGGAUCACCCCGAUUCAAGGUUUAUGAGAUGGAUUUUGGAUGGGGGAGGCCUAAGAAAAUGGAGAUUACAUCCAUAGAUCGGAGAGGAUCCAUUUCUAUGGCGGAGAGCAAAGAUGGGAGUGGCGGAGUCGAGAUUGGUGUGGCAUUGAAGAAGCAUGAGAUGGAUAUAUUCGAUUUACUGUUUACUAAUGGCCUUAGAGAUCUUUACUGAGGUACAAGAAAUUUCCCACUUUUCAAUUGAUUUUUUCUAAUGUUAAAAAGAAUUGAUUGUUUCUGUUAUGGAGGAUUUUUGCCUAAAUCCAGUUUAUUAUAU